GCACCAGCGCCCGCUUACACCACAAACGUUACAUUCUGCUUUCCACUUUCGGGUGUCGCUUAGGUUCUAACGGCUUGCUCUGCCUUGUUGAUCAACAGACAGCGGUGCAAGUAGGGCUGUACAGGGAGAGAGAGAUCUUCGUGUGUGGUUUGCGCCGCAGAUCUGCAUCGUCUCUUACACAAAAGCUCAACACCAGCAUUAUCAUCGUCAGACACCACGUGCAGGUCCUGCUGCUGGCGACCUAACAAAGGGAUCGGUCCGCCGUGGCUCAUGCAGGGGUAAUCACCGCGUGCACCUCCCCUCAACUCGUCACAAUGGGCCCUAAUAUACAAAAUCAGGCUGCGGCGUGCAGGGCUUACUGCUCAGAAGCGGACCUUCGGCCGAGAGUAGAAGGCCAAUGUCACCACAAUUUAUUGGGCGCUUGGCCUAGAAGAGGGUUAUGGCCGGUGAGGCAGCGAGUCAGACGCCUCUUUGUUUGGCCCGUCUUCUAGUACAAUAUGUUGCACGUAGGCCCGCUUCCUUUGUUGUAGGAAACCCAAGCUGCUGAAGAGUUUUUGUUCUCUUGUGUCAUUCCUUCUCAUAUUCACCAUAGUCAUUCAUUGAUAUAUCUGCGUUUGUACUUGUUGUGCUUCUUCUCUUCACGUUCUUUACUUGACUUUCGUUGCCUAUAUACCCAUCUUUGCACACACACACAAAAUGCUUCCUACGAAUAUCUUGUUGGCCGGUGCGGCCCUCCUCGGUGCUGUUGCUGGACAGGCUUGCGACUGCGAUCCUACUAAGAACUCUUGCCCUCCCAACCCUGCUCUGGGUAACCGCAAGAUCGACUGCGACCUCACCAAGGGCCUCUGCAAAGACUUAAAGCCCCUCGAAGGCACCUACAUCAACAAGUUCUCCGACAAGGGUGCCCUCUUCUCCAUCGAAAAGGACUUCCAGGGCCCCACGGUUGUCAGUGACAAGUACAUCCUCUUUGGCAAGGCCGACAUCACCUUCCGCGCCGCCCCCGGCGCCGGCAUCGUCACCAGCAUCGUCUUCAUGUCCUGUGACCACGACGAGAUCGACUGGGAGCUCAUUGGCAACUACGACUACCAGAUCCAGUCCAACUUCUUCGCCAAGGGCGACGAGACCUCCUCCGACCGCGGCGGCAACCACACCGUCUCCGACCCCGUCAACACCGAGCACACCUACUCUGUCGAAUGGACCCGCGACAAGAUUGUCUGGAGCAUCGACGGCGCCGUCGUCCGUACCCAGCUCGCCAGCGAGACCAAGAACGGCUACGGCUUUCCCCAGUCCCCUGUCCAGGUCAAGAUUGGUAUCUGGGUCGGCGGCAACGCCAAGGCCAACCACUGGCAGCUCAACUGGUCUGGUGGCCGUGCCGACUUCUCCAAGGCUCCCUUCAACGCCUACGUCAAGCGUGUUACUGUUGUCGACUAUGCUGGUGGUGAUAGCCCUGCUCACCACGAGGUCGAGAGCUACUCCUUCAGCGACCGCUCCGGCUCUUUCGACUCCAUCAAGUUCUCUCCCGAGGGCAGCAAGAACAUUGCUCAUGCAAACGACGCUGAGGCCUCGAGCACUUCUUCUGCUGCUGCCUCUACUACUGGCAAGGCUGACAAGACCUCUAGCUCCGUCCAGCCUGCUGCUAGCAGCAGCAGCAACUCAACUUCCGCUGCGGCCUCUAGCGGUACUUCGCAGACUCCUGCUGCCACUAAGCCUGCUGACAAGAACAGUGGUGUCCGAUCUGGCGCCGUCACGGGCAGCCUUGUUCUCGCUGCCGCCGGUGCUGCUCUCAUGGCCAUGCUGUAAACAGGAUCUUGCUAGUGUUGUAAGAUAUUGAAUAGUGAAGAUGGAAUAGAUAUCUUUUGCUGCUACAUCAUGGAGUGCGAGCUCUUUUUUUGGGAUUGCAAUGGCGUUUCACGGCACAGUAUACCUUUGCGGCUGCUUUUCACUUCUCUUGUAUAUAUUUUUGAAAAAAGAUGUCAAAACAGAUGAUA